UUAGCUGUGCACAUCGGAGGGCAUGCUCUACCGAAACUCCACCUCUCAUUUGAAAGUCGUGGAUAGUGCGUAAAAGUUCCACUUCACAAUAUUUAUGGCUCCUCAUUCCUCUCUGCAAUAAGAUAUCAAUCAGAUAGACUUCUAAUAGCAUGACAUUUUCCUAGUGUGGAUAAUAAAGAAGAAAAAAAAAAGUUUUUUAUGGCGUCACACCCGAAAAACGACAGUUGCCAUGGGCGCCUCAACAUCUCUUACGGAUCUCCCACAACAUCUGCGAUCAUGUUUUCAGCUGGUGUCCUUGGGAAUGUAGUCGCCUUAAUACUCUUGGAAAUACGGCGGAGGAAGCAAACCGCAUCCCUGUUCCAAGUCCUCGUCACAUCGUUGAUCAUUACAGACUUGCUGGGAACUUUCUCCGUCAGUCCCCUGGUGAUUACCGCGUAUUUGAGGAACGAGUCGUUGCUCGGGAUGAGCGGAAACCGAUCGGUUUGUGCGCAUUUCGGUUAUGCGAUGACAUUUUUCAGCAUGGUCACUCUGGCCAUUCUUCUCUCCAUGGCUGUGGAGCGCUGGCUGUCCAUAGGUCAUCCCUACUUUUACGAGAAGAACUUGACCAAACGGUGCGGCUACAUCGCCGUUGCCCUCAUAUACCUGGUUGGCGUUCUUUUCUGUAUCACACCUUUCCUCGGGGUUGGGGAGUACGUCCAGCAUUGCCCGGGGACGUGGUGCUUCAUUGACAUGGACCCUGAUGAGCGCAAACACAAAGCGUUCAAUAUAAUCUAUGCGUCCUGUUUGCUGGUCAUGAUAGUAUGUACGGUUUUGUGCAACGCGUCUGUCAUCUAUCAUCUUUUACUCAUGUAUCGAAGACGCAAAGCGAACCGGAGCCCUCUCCGACGCCUGCGGGGACACAGAAGGCAUCGGUCCAUCGCGAAGGAGGUAGAACAUCUGGUGCUGCUCGGGUUCAUGACAAUCGCCUUCGUCAUUUGCUCUCUUCCUCUUGUGAAACGCAUAGGCACCUGUACUUAAGCUCCACGUGCACAAAGAGGACUAAAGCCCAAAGUAUACUUCGGUUUUGACAUGAACGCAUAGCGAACGCUAUCCAAGGGGCAGACUUGGACUGGGAAAAUAAAUUGGCCAUGAUGUCAAUUUGUCAAUCGGGGAGGGGUCCCUUCAUCAUAUCAUGGCCCACUUUGGCAUAUUUUGACCCUGUUUCGCAGCCGGCCUACUGGGAAAAGUUCUGGUUCUUCCUAUGGCCAGUCCGCCUCUGCGCUAGCCUUUCAAAGUAUACUUCAAGUGUGCUAUGAGAUGGUGGACUAUUUCUCUUGAGGAGUUUAGACCCAUACAGAUGUCUUUGUAUUCCUUCAGACUUAAGUUAUACAAAUGCAGUCAGGUAUCUCUUACCUCCUCAAACACACGUGCAACAUUGACGUUUAGCCUCCACUGUUGUGGUUUUCACCUUCGUCUUCUGUUGUUUAGCGCAGAUUUCAUCUUCUUUCAAUGCUUUGUGAAAGUGACGGCUCAGUUGCGAGUUUUGCUGCCUUGUUGACCCACUAAUUGGUACAAAUAAUUCAAGGCGCAUGUGCAUCCUGUGAUCAAAGUACACACAGUUAGAAAAAUCGGGCCACACACGUUCAGUGCUCGAGUGCUUUGUUGGUGACGAAAUGUGUGUCACACGUCUUGUAUGCAUAUGCCUAGCAUUUGCAUCUGGCUUAAGUAUACUUUGGGCUUUAGAUAGAGUUAUCAGGGUCCAACUUGACCAAGGGGAUCACAGAGCACCCUACUGGUGACAUCACAUGAAACAAAUAUUUGCAACAAAACAAAAAAAAUAAUUCUACAAAAGAGCUAAAACCUCUUUGAAUUCGUAAUAACAACUAUUUAAUUACAUUUACAUUUUACAUUUAUGCAUUUGGCAGACGCUUUAACCAAAGCGACUUACAGUGCACUAUUUACAGGGUCAAUUCCCCCAGAGCAACCUGGAGUUAAGUGCCUUGCUCAAGGACACAAUGGUGGUGGCCGUGGGGGUCAAACCAGCAACCUUCUGAUUAACAGUUAUGUGCUGAUUAACAGUUAUGUGCUUUAGCCCACUACACCACCACCACUCUAAUUAACACCUAUAUGUAUAUUAUAUAUUUCAAGAGCAAGGCAAUAUGGGUAUCACUGUUCCCUCUAUGUAAUAUCACUUCUGAUAUUACUCCAUUGGAGAUGGAAAAAACAUACACACACUGAGCGCAGACUCAAAAUUUGGGAAAUCCUAGAGAUUUCUUGUGUAGACCUUAUUCACGCUAGCGCCAUCUCAGAUUUUUAAUGGGAAUGACAACAAGGCUGUGAUGGAUAGUCUUGGGCUGUACUGGAGUUUAAAGUGUUUUUGGAUCAUUCCACGGAAUAAAGCAUUGCUAAAAUAUCUGUCCAAGAACAUUCAGUAUACAAAGUACUCCAGACAAUAUGUGUUGUGGAAAAUACGAUAUGAUCUAGUAGCAUAAUACAGCUUUAUACCGUUCGUGCUAUUGAUGAGAUGUUAAG